GGCCGGAGGGGUCUUCACCGGCCUUGACAUUGGCGGCCGCCGCAGUGCCUGGACGGGCCGUCUCGCCGCUCGGGCGUGGGGCUGCGGCUUGCCCGCGGCCGGAGCGGGGCGGGGGCGAAGGGGCGGCGGGGAGGGGGCGGCCGUGCCGGCAGGCGUUCGCCAGGGGCACCCCUUGCGGCCUAAGGCCCCUGCGGGCCGGCAGCCGCCGCCGCCUUCCCCCUCCGUCGCCUGUGGCAACGGGCGAAGCCGCGGCGGGGCCUGGCGCAAAGGCCGGGUCCGCGGUCCAAGGCCCGGGCAGCGCCUUGGCCGGGUUGUGGGACUUGGGUCCGCCCCGUCCCGUGGUGCCAUGGCCGCUGAGGUGGUGGUUGUGGGAUCCUGUAUGACCGACCUGGUCAGCCUUACUACGCGAUUGCCAAGAGCUGGAGAAACCAUCCUCGGACAUAAGUUUUUCAUUGGUUUUGGUGGGAAAGGAGCCAACCAGUGUGUCCAGUCUGCUCGACUUGGGGCCAAGACCUCACUGAUCUGCAAGGUUGGGACGGAUUCUUUUGGCAAUGAUUAUGUUGAAAACUUGAAGAAGAACAGUAUUUCUACAGCAUUUGUAGGUCAGACUACAGAUGCUGCUACUGGAACUGCUUCAAUAAUUGUCAACAGCGAAGGACAGAACGCUAUUGUAAUAGUCCCAGGAGCCAACCUGCUUUUAAGUUUUGAAGACCUGAAGAGGGCUUCUGAUGUAAUCCGUAAAGCCAAAGUGGUUGUUUGCCAGCUAGAAAUAACCCCUGCUGUUUCUCUUGAAGCUCUGAAAAUGGCACGUGCCAGUGGAGUAAAGACUUUAUUUAAUCCAGCUCCAGCCCUUGCUGACCUAGACCCACAAUUUUAUACCCAUUCUGACAUCUUCUGCUGCAAUGAAACUGAGGCAGAAAUUUUAACGGGCAUCCCAGUUGGCAACCUUGAAGAUGCUGAAAAGGUGGGACACAUGCUGUUAGAAAGAGGGUGUAAGCUCGUAAUUGUUACUCUUGGAGCAGAAGGCUGCAUGAUGAUAUCAGUAGAAGAACCCAUUCCAAAGCACGUUCCUGCUGGGAAGGUCAGGGCUGUGGACACUACGGGAGCUGGAGACAGUUUUGUGGGAGCACUGGCCUUCUACCUGGCUUACUAUCCCAAGUUACCCAUGGAGGAAAUGAUCAGGAAGUCUAACUGCGUCGCAUCAGUGAGCGUCCAGGCACCGGGGACACAAUCUUCAUAUCCUUACAGGAAGGACUUGCCUCAGGACCUUUUCUAAUUGACAUUGUCUAGCUCAAGAUACUGAUUUUAUCUUAUCCCAGACAGCGUUGUUAUUCUGACUGCACUGAGGUUCUCCUCUGCUGACUGGAAAGGCUAGGAAAUCUCUUUGCUUCUUAUAUGGGGAGUCCUCUUAGUUCCUGUUGUACAACAGUAAGAUGGGGUGGGAGUGGUGGGCCUUUCAAACACCACACAGCAGGGCUCUCUGGCCCCACACAUACCUGUCAGGCUCGCGGCCAUCCCACACAACACCCUCUACCGAACCACGCGAAGUUCACAGCAGAACACCUGAGGGUAUUGGGCUCCUGGCAACAUUUUUACUUUAUUUUAUCAGAACUCCUGACACGCAAUGGCAGGACACGAAGCAGAGCCUUAGCUUUGGGAUUGCAACUGCAGCCCUCAGCUGCAGGCGCCACAGCCAGCAUCUGGCUGGAGACAAGGCACCGUAUAGCCAGCCCUGGGCCACCUGCCUCAGAGGUGGGCGCUCUGCCAGGCUGCGGGAGUGCCCUCGAACUGGAAAGAGAGGAGGGCUAAUGAGGUAGACUUUGAAAAAUGGUUCUAGCCCCAUUGCUCUAAACAUAGCUGAGCUAAUUAAAGAAGAAAAACUUCCAAAACCAUCAAGAGAACUACAUUCGCUAUCUGCUUCCUUCAUGCUUGACAAAAAUCCAGGAGUGAAAAGUCCACCUGCCUACCUGACUGAAAAUAACAUAGCCCUUCCAGCCGUGGUCUUAGCUUAUCCCAAAGCUCCUCUUAUUUCACCAGGCUUCCAUUGCUUCUUCCUUUCCUAGGAAGGAGCUGGUGCAACACUACCCCUCCAAGGAAUGACACCAACUCGCGGUCACUACUGUUGAAUCUGUGGCCUGUAGGUUAGAAAAACUUGCAACCCUGCCAUUGAACUCCUGCUGUGGAAAAUGUGAAUUUUUAUUGCCUUAUAAAACAAUAGUUCCUUUGAAGAUUACAGCCUCUUUCACAAUGGAAAACACAGACAAUGGGAUUUGCUAUUUGAUUUUUUUUAAUUGAGUACUGUAAAAAUAACUCAAAAGAUAAAUAAAUGUUACUGUGAUGAUCUAUGUCCAGA